AUGAUCCUGCCACAUAACGUCUUGCCUGAUGUGAAUCUGGUAAGUUUUACUUACAAUGAGCUCGAAACAGCUACUGGAGGAUUUAAGGUAGAAUUGGGAAGUGGUGCUUCCGGAAUUGUUUACAAAGGGCUUCUGGACAAUGAAGAUACACCCCUCGUUGCAGUAAAGAAGUUAUAUAAGAUGGUCAGAGAAGGGGAGCGAGAAUUCAGGACAGAAGUGAAAGUUAUUGGCAGAACAAAUCACAAGAAUUUGGUCCAACUUCUCGGAUUUUGUGACGAAGGGCAACAGCGACUUUUGGUCUACGAAUACAUGAGCAAUGGCUCCUUAAAGAAAUUUGAGCUUGAUGCAAUGGAAGAAGAUCAGAUAGUUCUUGCAGACUGGGCAUAUGAUUGCUUCAAAGAAGAAAAGUUAGACCUUUUAGUACUAGAAGAUGAAGAAGCCAUGGAAGACAUGAGAAGAGUGGAGAGUUUUGUGAUGAUAGCAAUUUGGUGCAUCCAGGAGGAUCCAUCUUUAAGACCUGGAAUGAAGAAAGUUUUACAGAUGUUAGAAGGAGCUGUUCAAACUUACAAAAAUAUAUCUUUGGGUUCUUCUCUCACUGCUGCAAAUGAUAACUCUUCUUGGACUUCACCAUCAGGAGAUUUUGCUUUUGGAUUCCAACAAGUUGGAGAUGCUGGCUUCCUACUAGCCAUAUGGUUCAACAAAAUACCUGAAAGAACCAUAGUUUGGUCAGCUAAUAGAAAUGAUCUGCUUCAGAUGGGAUCAAGAGUACAACUUACCACAGAUGGUGGAAAUGGAGUUGGCUAUGCAGCCAUGCUUGAUACGGGAAACUUUGUGCCAGCAAGCCAAGCUGCUGUCAAUUUGGGGCAGAGUUUUGAUCGAUCAACAGAUACAAUGUUGCCCACACAGAAUCUGAGUAUAGGUGGGGAACUAAUUGCUCCCUACCUAGAAAAGAAUUAUUCAGAUGGAAGAUUCAAGUUUGUUCUACAACCUGAUGGGAAUCUCCUCCUGUACACCACAAAUUAUCCAUCAACUAUCAAUAAUUUUUCGUAUUGGUCAACCCAAAGUUCCAUAGGCAGUGGUUAUCAGGUGAUCUUUAAUCAGUCUGGCUAUAUGUACCUUAUAUCAAAUAAUGGUUCUAUAGUUAAUUCUGUAUUUUCUGAUUCAGUAUCAAUACAAGAUUUCUACCAGAGGGCAACCCUAGACUAUGAUGGAGUUUUCAGGCACUAUGUCUAUCCAAAGACUUCUGCUUCAAGUAGCAGAAACUGGACUAUGGCCUGGAAUACUUUGUCUUUCGUACCGAUAAAUAUCUGCCUGAGUAUAGAAGGAGAUGGAGAUGCUGGCAAUGGAGGUUGUGGUUACAAGAGCUCUUGCAAAUUAGGAGAGGAUCGAAGACCAAGUUGCCAGUGUCCUUCUGGUCACACUUUCUUCAAUCCAAAUGAUGAGAGGAAGAGAUGUAAAUUGGUGCAGAAAUGCUUGCUUGAGGGAAUAGAUAGAAGCAGUGGUGGAAAAGCCAUGAUAAAAGUAAGCAAAGGCAACUCCACUGCUGGUUCAAACUCAAAGAAGAAAGAUCAAUCAACUUUGAUCACAGCAGGCUCGGUGCUUUUGGGUAGCUCCGUCUUUCUAAAUGUUCUCUCACUGCUUGGGAUCUAUGUGUUAUUUUUUGGAUUGAACGAACAAAAACAAAAAAUGAUUCAGCAACCUAAUGCCAUGCAAGACAUCAUGAAUCCGAACUUUGAGCUUGAUGUAAUGGAAGAAGAUCAGAUAGUUCUUGCAGACUGGGCAUAUGAUUGUUUUAAAGAACGAAAGUUAGACCUUUUAGUGGAACAAGAUGAAGCGGCAUCGGAAGAUAUGGAUAGAGUGGAUAGGUUUGUGAUGGUAGCAAUUUGGUGCAUUCAAGAGGAUCCAUCUUUAAGACCUGGAACAAAGGAAGUUGUACAGACGUUAGAAGGAGUCGUUCAAGUCCCUAUUCCUCCUGAUCCUGCGUCAAUUAUCAGCUCAAUCUAA